ACAUGGUCUCCUUGUCCUUAGACUGGCUCCUCACUGGUUGAUGAGAUGCAAAUCAAGAUAUUCAAAUCGGACGCAUCUGGACCAACGACGUCAAUGCUCUGAGUCUUCAUUUUCCACAAAAGCAGCUUCUCAAACCCAUUGUCUAGCUUCUCCCUCUCCACCGAACCCACACAACCGUGUUUCCCUGUGUCCUGUGCGUGUGUUUUGGAGCUCCAGGCGUAGCCAUGGCUGAGGUACUGGCCACCAUGGUGGUCGGGCCGCUGGUGUCCAUGGUGAAGGAGAAGGCCUCCAGCUACCUCCUGGACCAGUACAAGGUGAUGGAGGGAAUGAAGGAGCAGCACAAGCUUCUCAAGCGCAAGCUGCCGGCCAUCCUGGACGUCAUCACCGACGCCGAGGAGCAGGCAGCAGCGAAGAGAGAAGGGGCGAAAGUUUGGCUCGAGGAGGUCCGCAAGGUUGCCUACCAGGCGAAUGAUGUCCUAGACGAAUUCAAGUACGAGGCGCUGCGCCGCAAAGCCAAGAAGGAGGGACACUACAAGGCACUCGGCAUGGAUGUAAUAAAGCUCUUCCCUUCUCACAACCGUAUUGUUUUUCGUCACAAAAUGGCAAACAAGCUCCGUAUGAUCUUGAAAGAAAUUGAUGUCCUCAUCGCAGAGAUGAAUGCAUUUAGGUUCAAAUUCAAACCAGGGCCACCAGAGCCCACAAAUUACUUGAGGCAGCGUAAUUCUGAUAUCAUCGACCCAACAAAUAUUGUCAGCAGAUCGAGAGAUGAUGAGAAGAAGGAUGUUGUUGAUAGAUUACUUGCUCAAGCUAGUAGCCCGGAUCUCACGGUCCUUCCAAUCGUUGGAAUGGGGGGAUUGGGCAAGACCACCUUGGGACAGCUCAUUUACAAUGACCCUAAAAUCAGGAAGCAUUUUGAGUUAUGGCUUUGGGUGUGUGUCUCUGAUAACUUUGAUGUGGAUUCCCUGGCUGAUAGAAUAGUGAAAGAAAAUGGUUGUAAAACAAGUGGAAGUUCAGCACCGGAGAAGCUUCAAAACGCAGUGAGUGGUUGUGAAGCAAGUGGAAGUUCAGCACCGGAGACUUUUCAAAACGCAGUGAGUGGUUGUGAAGCAAGUGGAAGUUCAGCACUGGAGAAGCUUCAAAACGCAGUGAGUGGGAAGAGGUACCUCCUCGUAUUGGAUGAUGUCUGGAGCCGUGAUGAGCACAAGUGGGAAAGGCUGAAGUCCUACCUUCAACAUGGUGGUAGAGGUAGCUCACUGCUAAUAACAACCCGUGAUUUCAAAGUUGCUCAGCUAAUGGGUACAACAGAAGCCAACAAUCUCAAGAGCUUGGAUGAAAUCUACAUAAAGGAAAUUAUUGAGACAAAAGCAUUCGGCUCAAAACAAGUAGAGCAAAGGCCUCGUGAACUAGUUGAAAUGGUUGGUAACAUAGUGAAGAGGUGUUCUGGCUCUCCUUUGGCUGCCACAGCUUUGGGCUCUGUACUACGUACCAAGACCAGCAAGCAAGAAUGGGAAGGUAUACUAAAUAGAAGAAUGAUUUGUGAUGAGGAAAAUGGAAUUUUACCAGUACUUAAACUCAGUUACAAUUGCUUGCCAUCAUAUAUGCGGCAAUGCUUUGCUUUUUGUGCAAUGUUUCCACAGGAUUAUGAGAUUGAUGUGCAAAGUCUAAUCCACCUAUGGAUGGCCAAUGGUUUUAUCCCAGAGCAACCAGGAUUGUGUCCUGAAACCAUUGGAGAAAGAAUUUUCAAUGAGCUGAAGUCGAGGUCAUUUUUUCAGGAUUUGAAAAGCGUCCCAUUUGACAAAAGAUUUUCUGUGGAAGAAAUGAAUAUGGACAUGUAUUGUUCUAGAAUUACUUGUAAGAUCCACGACCUUAUGCAUGAUGUUGCAGAAUCUGCUAUGGGAAAAGAAUGUGCUGCAAUAACUACACGCCCGAGCCAAAGUGAGGAUGCUCUUCAUUCAACUCGUCAUUUGUAUUUAUCAGUCAAUCGGCCAGAAAAUCUUCUGAAUGCUUCCCUAGAGAAAGGAUCUCCAGCUUUCCAAACAUUGAUAUGUGAUGGAUGUGUAAAAGAAGAUAUGAAGAUCUUAUCAAAAUACAACUCUAUUAGAGCAUUAAAGAUCAAUCAGGGCUCAUUCCUAAGGCCGAAAUAUCUUCAUCACCUGAGGUAUCUUGAUCUCUCAGGAAGUGAUAUUGAAGCACUUCCUGAAGACAUCAGCAUCCUGUAUCAUCUGCAAACACUGAACCUUUCUGAUUGCUGUGAUCUACAGCGACUUCCAAAGGAACUGAAGUAUUUGACUUCCCUUCGUCACCUCUACACUCACAACUGUCCAGAGUUGAAAAGCAUGCCCGCAGAGCUCGGACACCUCACUUGCCUGCAGACACUUACAUGCUUUGUUGUAGGUACUGACACCGGUUGCAGUAAUGUGAGAGAGCUGCAGAAUUUGGACCUUGGCGGUAGACUAGAGCUAAGACAGCUCGAAAAUGUCGCAAGAGCAGAUGUAGAAGCAGCAGGUUUUGGGAAUAAGAAAAAACUGACCGAACUGAAGUUAGUAUGGAUUGAUAAUGACCAGCAGGAACAAAAUAAUAAUAUUCAUGAAGAGGUGGUGGAAGGUCUCAAACCUCAUGAUGGGCUGAAGGCCCUAAGGAUAUAUUCAUGUGGGAGUAAUACUUUUCCAUCAUGGAUGAAUAUGUUGAAUGGCAUGGUGGAGUUUACGUUAUCUAGUUGCCAAAAGCUCGAGAAGCUUCCUGCACUCUGGCAGUUACCAGUUCUGGAAAUUCUUCACCUGGAAGCAUUGCCGAGUUUACAUUGUUUGUGCAGUGGUGGUACUACACCCAUCACAUUUCAGAAACUGAAGGUGCUUACCUUGUUUCAUAUGGAAAAAUUUGAGGCAUGGUGGGACACAGAUGUGGUGCAAGGAGAAGAGCCGAUAUUUCCCAAGGUUGAGGAGCUGGAUAUCCGUAGGUGUGGAGGUUUGACUGCAUUACCAAAAGCAGCGCCACUGAUUACAAAAUCAUCUGGCGGAGUUGACACUAAGUGUCGCUCCACAUUUCCAGAACUGAGAAAAAUGAUGUUGAUGUAUUUGAAUAUGUUUGACAAGUGGGAGGCAGUCGAAGGAACUCUAGAAGAAGGGUUAACAUUUCCUCGGCUCGAGGAACUGUACAUCAGGGAUUGUGCAAGCCUCAGUGCACUACCAAAAGGGUCGUUAUUGGUUAAACAAUCAUUUGGCGGAGCUGGAACUGUGUGCCCCCGCUCCGCAUUUCCAGCAUUGAGGGAACUAGACUUACUUGAUUUGUCGGCCCUUGAGAGGUGGGGGGCAGCCGAAGGAACUCUGGGAGAAGAGGUAACAUUUCCUCUGCUGGAGAAGUUGAACAUUCGUGACUGCCCCAAGUUGACUGAUCUACCUGAAGCACCGAAGCUAAGUGUAUUAGCCAUAAAAGGACGUGGUCAACAAAUAUCCCUGCAGACAGCUAGCAGAUACAUUCCUUCACUGUCCAUGCUGCGUCUGGACGUGUCACCCGAUGACGCGGACACAACAUUGCUGCAUGUCAAGCAGAAAUGGAAUCAUGAACUCCCCUUGGCAACUAUGAGGUUAGGUUGGUGCGACCUUCUGUUCUCAUCCCACUCAAAUGCACUAGCGCUGUGGGCAUGUUUUGCACGGCUAGUAGAUUUGACAAUUUGGAAUUGCGACGCUCUUGUCUACUGGCCAGAAAACGUGUUCCAGGUCCUGGUAUCCCUGAGGAAGUUAUGGAUUUUCAGAUGCAGCAAACUGACAGGACGCACACAAGCUUCUGGCGAGCAAUCUGCUCCAGGACGGGAUGGACUCCUGCCACAUCUGGAGGUUCUAACCAUAGAUGAUUGCAAAUCUUUCGUAGAGGUCCCCAACCUGCCGGCAUCUCUCAAGAAAUUACAUAUAGAGAGGUGCAAUGAUAAUCUCGAGUCCAUCGUAUUCGGUCUGCAGGAGGACACAAGGUUGGCGAAGGGAGAAGGUGUUGUACAGCUGGACACAUCAUCAUCAAUUCCAGGGUCCAGCAGUCGUGAGGCCACAACGUCUACAGCUGUACUGAAGCUGCCAUCAGCAGCCAACCUUCGCUUCCUUCCAUGCCUAGAAUCUCUAACUACAUGGCGCUGCAAUGGUUUGUCUGAGGUUGCCAAUCUUCCUCCGUCUAUCAAGACCUUGAACAUAAAUGGCUGCGGCAAUCUUCGAUCCUUAUCAGGAGAGCUUCGGUCGCUGGAAGAACUAAAUCUCUCUGGUUGCAAAAGCCUGGUAUCCUUACCGGAUGGGCCUCAAGCAUACUCAUCCCUCAGAGUUCUUCGGAUUGAAGGUUGUGAUGGUGUGAAGUCGCUCCCGUCGAGCCUACAGAGCCGUUUGGAUUGCCUCGAGCAGAAAUAUCUAUAUGGCCGUUAUGAAGGCUGGUCAAUGAGGAGGCUGGUCAACAAGGCUGCGACGAGAUUGUUCCCGUGUUCCCGAGAUGAGGAGAGUGACAGUGAUUGAAACAGCAGAUCAAGGACCUGACGAAAGUUAUCACCAAGGAUCGUUGUUACCAGACUUGCAAAUGAUGGAUUGUUGUGACCGUGGUAGAAUGUAUUACGUACACUUUCUGAAGAUAAUCUCCAGUGAAGUCAAGGCCAGCUCCUUGAUUUUGAGCAGAAGCAAGUCAUAGAUUGCAAGCAGAAGAAUAUAGCAUAUAGAUGUAAUCAUCUUAACCCUGUGUUCACGCUCAAACUCAAGUUCUGGUAGCAUGGUGUUGAGCUCGGCUUGGAGGAUCGUAUCCUCCCGAGGGCGUCGUUGUAACGUGGCCACGGCGUGCGUCUUGUUCGCGUCGUGGCGAGUGCAGCCGCUGGCUGCGCGGCAUGGCCUGGCGUGUGGGGUGGCGCAUGCUUCCAGGGUCGUGGCGCGCAUGGCGUGCAUGCCAGAGGCGCGAGGCUAGCUCCGCCGCUUCUUCUUUCACGUUUCCUUUUACAGUUUGUAGUGUGUAUAAAUAGGAAUUAUAUAUGCAGAAAAAGCUGUCAUGGUUGUGCACGGCACCAAAAAAAUCCACUUGUGUUCUUCUC